UUUUCGUUGUCUUACCGCAAUCAUUUAUUGAUCCUACCAUUUUUCUCCUUUUCUUUCUUCUCUCUCCAUUGUCAAGAAAAGACUCGAGUCGGCUGUUGCAGUGCCAUGGGAAAGAUCCCAUCUUUCAAGGACGAGUUCACAUUCGACCAAAGACUCGAAGAAUCGAGGGAUAUAAUUGCCAAAUAUCCCAAUCGGGUCCCUGUGAUUGUUGAAAGAUACUCAAAAACAGAUCUUCCUGAAAUGGAAAAGAAAAAGUAUCUGGUUCCUCGGGAUAUGUCUGUUGGACAAUUCAUUCACAUCUUAAGCCUGAGACUUCGUCUGACCCGUGGAAAGGCGCUCUUUGUAUUUGUAAAGAACACUUUACCUCAAACAGCUACUCUUAUGGACUCUGUCUAUGAAUCUUUCAAAGAGGAUGAUGGAUUUCUGUAUAUGUGUUAUAGCAGCGAGAAAACCUUCGGUUGUGCUACUAAUCAGAUUCAACUGUGAGCUUUGUGCACAAGUGUAAAAUCCCUUGGUUCCCUCUCGUUUCGCCUGAUGAUGGAUCUUGAAUGUUGAAACUCAGCCUGGUAUUUUAGUGUUGUGGCAUCUGUUAAUCAUCAUUCAUUCUGUAAAUUCUAUCAGCAUACAAGUCAUUCUACAAGUUACUUUUAUCAGUAUCUAUGAACUGGCAUGCAAAUAUGUAAUCUGGUGGUAAACUUCCAGUUAUGGAUCUAAUGCCUACAAAUGGUUUAACUUUGGGAAAUCAUACAUCCCUUUUGUGUGUUCUCAUUUUGACAUCUCAUCUCAGUUCUAUGGUACUGGAUUUUGUCUAUAAAGCUAAGGUCUAAUGUUUAAAAGAAAGGCUGUUAUGUUGCAAGGUAUAUACAUUAGGAGGAUUAGACAUCAAACUUGAGAAAAAACGAUCGUGUUCUUGCAUCAGUUUGAUUUCGGUUUGGCCUAAAUAAAUUUACUGGGUUCUAAAGUUUUGUUAGUGGAAUUUCACAUUGAUCCAAACAAAACCAAAUUGAAGUCAUCCAACUAGCAAAGGAUAUCGCGUGGCAAUGUCAUCGCAGCAGCAUCCGCAUUGAAGAUCAUUUUAAUCCCAGAAGGUGAUUAAUGAAAGACAUUCAAGUCAGGAGGUUGAUAGAGAUGCCAUUUGACCAUUCAAUCUUCAGCAAAAUUCUUUUCUAUGGGCACAUGAUGAGUAGUCCAUUUCCAGCUACCUUUGAACACUUCUUGAAUGGCUUCAACAAGAUAAUAAAGUGGAUGAUUAAGCCGGACUCCUUUAAUAUAUCUUAUAGCGAUGAAAGAGUCAGAUUCGAUUUCAACAUUGAUAAUCCCCAACUUUCUUGCCAAAAGUGAUACCAUUAAACAAGGCCCAAAGUUCAGCAGCAUCAAUAUUACAAUUACCAAGAAUGCAAAAAAAGCCUACAAUCCAAUUUUCAUAUUCGCCCCUUAACACUCCCCCAGUUCCAGCUUUGCACUCUUGUUGGUUCCAACAAUCAUCAGUAUUGACUUCGAUCCAAUCUGGAGGUGUCUUGGCUCAUGAAAGCAAAAUUUUCUGUUUUUCCUUAUCCGUGAGAUUACCAAUCCUGGGAUUGUACCAUUCUCUUGACAUUAUUUUAUGAACAGUGUCAAGUUUUCAAACCAACGGGAUGGUUGUAUUAUCAAAGAUGUUUUUAUUUCUCCACUUCCAUAUCAUCCAUACAACAUUAGCAAACAACAUAGGUCAAUCCCAGUUGCCCCACCUGUGGAUUUUUCCCUUUUUUGAGGCUGAGGAUAAACUAUUCUUUCAAGUUAUAAGAAAAUAACUCACUUGGGUGGUCGAGAGGCAGGAGUAUGUGCCGUAUUUUAUCAGAGUCCUUGCAAUCUCUCAAGAUAUGAAUAGUAGAUUCAUUGUCAUCAUCACAGAAGCUGCAUCUGGUAUUAGAAGAGAGUGAUCUUCUCCAUCUGUUUUCGUUGCUCAGGAUUUAAAUAAGUGCAUAGGAAUUAUUUUAAAUUUAUAAAUAAAAUAGAUUAAAAAUUAGUAUCAUCGCUUCCGAUAGCUAGAAGUCAGUGAUCGUGUUUUAUUUCAUGACUAGAAACUCAGCUCCGUUUACUCUGCAGAUUUAACAUAUGGUAAAUAUUUAUUAGAGAGAAGAAGGAAAAUGAACACGAAACCAGAAAACCAUAUAUGACAAACCAAGAAC